AUGUCGAUUGGAGAAGCAAACCGUCCCGUGACGCUCGCCAUCAUCGGCGCAGGCCAGCGUGGAAGCGCCUAUGCAGCCUACGCUGAAAAGUACCCGGAUCUUUGCCGCGUCGUUGCGGUGGCCGAUCCGUGGAAGUUUCGACGAGACAAGAUGAGCAAGGUGCACAGCGUUCCAGCCGAGAACCAGUACGACGGGUGGAAGAGCCUGGCAGCGGCGGGCAAGAUCUGCGAUGCAGUGGCCAUCUGUACCAUGGACGACACGCAUGCCGAGGUUGUGAGCGUCUUUGCGCCACUUGGCUACCACAUUCUGUGCGAAAAGCCAAUGGCGAACUCGAUCAAGGACUGCGUGUCCAUGGUCAACAGCGUUCGUGGCAAAGACCUCAUCUUCGGAAUCGGCCACGUGAUGCGAUACUCUCCUUACAACCGAGCGGUGAAGGAGGUGCUCGACUCUGGUGUUCUGGGCGAGAUCAUCAACAUCCAGCACAUUGAGCCGGUGGGCUGGCAGCACUUUGCGCACUCGUACGUGCGUGGCAACUGGAAGAACGAGGCGACGACGAGCUUCUCGCUCAUGGCCAAGUGCUGUCACGACCUCGACAUCCUGUCCUUUUACAUGGGCAGCGAUGCACCCAAAAAGGUGUCGUCGUUUGGAUCCCUCGCGCACUUUAAGCCGAGCAAGAAACCCAAGGAGGCCGGCGAGGCAACGAGAUGCACAGACUGCGCGUACGAACGCAAGUGCCCAUUCAGCGCCAAGAAGAUCUACCUCGAACCGCUGCAGAGCGACAACGAGGAUCCGGAACGUUGGGCGCAACAUUUGGUGGACGUUGUGGACAUCGAGAAUGUCGGCCGAGCGAUCAAGGAAGGGCCGUACGGGCUGUGCGUGUACAACGGGCAGAACGACGUGGCGGACAACCAGGUGGUCAACAUCGAGUUCGAGUCGGGCGCAACGGCCAGCCUGACCAUGGUGGCCUUCUCCGAGGUGGUUUGCAACCGCUCUACGCGCAUCCACGGCACGCGAGGCGAGCUGAUUGGCGACAUGAACUCGUUCACCGUCUUUGACUUUUCCACACAGGAGAAGAGGACGGUGGUGCCCGAGCAGGAGGGCGGCGGUCACGGCGGAGGCGACCUGGGACUUGCACGCGCGUUUGUCAAGGCGGUGGCGGCCAAAGACGCGCAACACCUUGGUGUGACGCCGGAAGACGUGCUUAGGAGCCAUCUCAUGGUGUUUGCCUCCGAAGCGUCCAGGAAGGAGGGCCGCGUGAUCGACUAUGGCGAGUACGAGAAGCAGCAGAAGGCGCUGUACAGCUAG